UCAAUCAUUUAUUCCUUAAUUUAUUUCCUAAUUGGUUCUCUUUGAAUUGUGAGACAGAGAAAAGAAUGUGCUCCUGGUUGAGCGCAAGAAAGAAGAGAGAAACAAAGGAGAGAUCCUUCCUGAAAAAUGGAGGCCAGAUUUUAGAAGAAUUGAUCGCCUCUUGUGAUGGAAAAUGUAAUCCAAUACAAACCUUCUCAGAAAAAGAGCUCAACAGAGCAACCAACAACUACAAUCAAGAUCGUAUUCUGUUCAUGGACUGGGGCUAUGCCUUGUAUAAGGGAAACUAUAGAGACCGUAACAUUUUAGUUAAGAAAUACUUGUGCAAGCUAGAGAAUCACAACGAAAUUUGUACAGUCUUGGAUGGUACUGUGAAUGAAAUAGUGAUAGGAUCCCAGAUGAAUCACAAGAAUGUGUUGAAACUCUUAGGUUACUGUUUAGAGACCCAAAUUCCAAUCCAAGUUUAUGAAUUUGCACCACACGGGGAUCUCUACAGCCAAGUCUGUGCCAGUGAACCUGACAAACCUUCAAUAUUAACAACUCAGUUAACACUAAAUUGGGAGAAUAGAUUAAGGAUUGCCACAGAGGUUGCUGAUGCAAUAACCUAUUUGCACAUGGCCGGUUCGAGACCCAUCAUACACAGAGACAUCAAACCCAGUAACAUUUUCUUGGAUCAACACUGUGUUGCCAAGCUCUCUGACUUCACACACUCGAUAAGAAUCCCAUUGGGUGAAAUGCAUGUCAAAGAUGACAUAAGAGGGACUUUUGGAUUCAUUGCUCCAGAGUAUUGUAAGACAGGUCUCAUAACAGAGAAAGCUGAUGUUUUCAGCUUUGGAAUGCUUCUACUUGAGAUUCUAAUGGGAAGGACGCCUCUCAAUUUUCAACAUCCAGCUGAGGACUUAGACUUCACGUUUUGGGAACAUGUGAGAUCAUUUGUUGAAAAUAACCCACUUAGUAUGAUUGUGGAACCUGCAAUUUUGGAAGAGAAAGGGAUCGAGGAACAGUUGCAAGCAUUUACCAAGCUGGCUAUGAGAUGCAUCCCUGGAGCGGCAGAGGAAAGGCCAACUAUGAUGGAAGUAGCAAAAGAGCUUAGACAAAUUAGAAGGUGUCUCAGUCCAGUGCCUGCACAGUAA